UAGACAAAGUCACAAAAUUGUUGUUCGAGUGAUUGUUAGAUAUUAAGAAGUAUUUUUUUUUUUUUGGAAAAAUUUUACAAAAUUAUGGCAAAUCGUGAAACGCCACUUGAAGUAUCCGGCACCCAUAUGAAUCUCCAUUCAUAUGCAGCCCAUCGUAAUUUACCCAAGAUCGCUUUGAUAAAAAUAAAUCGCACCACAGCAAAUCGCCUGAAAGCUCCCUCCACUGCCGGCACGGAAAAGAGGAAAGCCUCCCGAACUCCUUCAGUAGCGGUGUCCAGACUAAUGCAGCUGCCCAGGCCAGAUGUGCUCAAUUGUUAUUUGUCAUACAAUGACAUUAUCAUGUAUUUGGAAUAUUUGCGAGUGCGUUAUUCGGAAUUUGUGAAAAUCCAUACCUUAGGACUGAGUUAUGAGAGACGUCCCAUUCGAGCCAUAGAAAUCCAUUGGAAUAGUGACAGCAACCUGUGGGCCCAGGCCAAGGAAAAUCGUAUACGUUCAGCUCCUGUCUACAGUGCGGAGUUACAACAAUUGGAAAUCUGUGAACCGCAAAAGGGACGCAAUACCGUUUUCAUUGAAGGUGGAACACAUGCCCGCGAAUGGAUCACGGUCACUGUAGCCUUGCACUGCAUACAUCAGUUGACCGAAAAGAAUAUAAGACAUCGAGAAUUGCUGCGUAAAUUGAGAUUUUUCAUAGUGCCCGUAGUGAAUCCCGAUGGUUAUGAGUAUUCCAAAAAUACGAAUCCACGAUGGCGUAAAAAUCGUCGACCACAUCCAGAUGAUGGUUAUGUGGGCACAGAUUGUAAUCGCAAUUUUGACAUUCAUUGGGAUAAAUGCAAAUCGAAGGCCAAGAAGAAUACAUAUCCCGGAGACAAACCAUUCUCAGAACCAGAAACAAAGGCUCUGGCACAAAUGUUACACAAACUGGCACCAAAAGUUCUACUCUUCCUGUCCCUACACUCAUACGCACAGUGUAUUAUGUAUCCAUGGGGCUAUAGUAAAUCUCUUCCCACAAACUAUAAAUUAAUGGAAAGUGUGGCCAUGGCCGCUAGAAAUGCUAUAAAAACUCACAGUGGUCGCUAUUAUCGUGUGGGCAGCAUCUCCAGCAUAACUAAACGAAUUAUAGCCGGUUCGGUGGUUGAUUAUGCCUAUGGGGUGGUAAAAAUUCCGCUAGCUUUGGUCAUGGAAUUACCAUCCAACGAGUAUGGUUUUCAGCCACCAGUAGAAAAAAUCAGUCCUUUGAGUGCGGAAAGUUGGUGUGGAAUUCGAGAAAUGUGUAAACAUGCAUAUGAACUUAAAGCUCAAAUAGAUAAGGAAGAGCAGCAGCCAAUACAACUGUUGACGGAAAAUGGUGUAGAAACCAAUGAUACCGAACCAACUAUGCAAUUGGAAAUGUUGAAAGAAGAGGCAAUGAGCAUAAGAUCAAAAAAUCAUAAGAACCCUGAGGAAAUUGCGGAAAGACCAUCUUGCUCCGAGUUGGUUGAAGAUGCCAAAAGGGUCAUAAGACCCCAGUUUAUUGUAAGAGGAGAUAGCACAACAAAUGCCAUCAGUCCACGUACUGCCUCACGUGAUUAUUUUUCAUCAUUGCUGAACUUUGAAUUAGAGAUGUAAGGUUGCUCUAUGGUCGUAUAUAAAUUAGAGUUAUAAGCCUUGUGCUCAAUUUGUCUGAACGAAAACAAAGCUCAAAAUCA